UUCUUGAAACCGCACCCGUGACCAGCAUGGCAUUCCUUCUCUCACCUGUCUAUAUUAGUAACGACAAAUCCUUUCAUAAUCUCUAACAACGAUACUCUACAGAAAGAAUCCACUGAGCUCCAUGAAUCCAAAAAAGCUCUGGCUUGAAAGUACCUUGAUAUUAUUAUUUUCUCUUGCAUUGUUGAAGCCUCAGAUCAAUGGUGCACCGCAGCAGAAGAAGAGCCCGUCCUCAUCCAUUACAGUGGUUGGAAGAGUUUUCUGUAAAACAUGUUCUGCCCCACAGAGCUACUUCAUUCCAGGAGCACAGGUGGGUGUGGCAUGCAGUCUCGGACGGAAAACAGGGGAAACUGAUAGCCGCGGAAUGUUUCGAAUCGGGCUUCCCUCAGACUUCAAAAUCGACAAUUGCACUGUGCAUUUGCUGGGCAGCUCCCUCCAGUCGUGCAACGUGCCCUUUCUCAAUUCCAGUUCAAGACUGUCCAUCAAAUCCAGGCUGAAUGGCCAUUUCGUUUACAGAGCAGCUCCUCUCAGCUUCCGUCCCCCAUUUUGCAAGAAGCCCAGCAGAAUCCUGUCUUCUCAGACCAACCCUACAUCUUCUAAAUUUGAUUUUCCGUUCCCGCCCCUGAUUCCUCCAUUUGGGGAUCUCCCUCCCAUUCCAUUUCUACCACCCAUAGGCUUUCCGCCCCUGAUUCCUCCAUUUGGGGAUCUCCCUCCCAUUCCAUUUCUACCACCCAUAAGCUUUCCGCCCCUGCUUCCUCCAUUUGGGGAUCUGCCCCCCAUUCCGUUUUGGCCUCCUCUUCCUGACGUCCCUAUCAAUCCCCCAUUAGACCCUUCACCACCUCCUCCACCCAUUUCUAGUUACCUCAGCAGCCCACCAGCCCCUGCUCCUUCCUGAAUUAGCUUUCAUCUUCCUCCGUUCUUACCCAGUAAGAGUGCCGGUAAAUUUUUGGGAAACGGAUUCAAAUUGUCAUAUAUGCACAGGGAAUUUCAUAUGGCAUUAGCUGUCAUUUGUGGAUACAGCCCCUGCUCCACUGUAAAUUAUGUUUAACUACAUCUAUUUUAUAUACCUAUAUGUCAGUCCCUAGUUGGAAUAGUUGUGGAGCCUCUAUAAUGGCAGAUAUUUCAAUAGUUGUGAUAGUAUUCAUUGGCUUGAAAUAGUCACGAUAGUCAUUAUUGGUUCGAAAUCGUCAUUUUACAUCAUCUUGAUCUCUCACUCAUUCAUUAUGAUGAUGGAUUAGGGAGUGUGAUCUCAAACGUUGAUGAUCAAAAACUUGCACACAAUAAAAUCCAGACGCUGUUUAUCA